AUGAGGAUUUUACUCUCAUCGUUAUUGCUACUGGCUGGUAUAAAUCUAAUUUUGGCACGUUCUAUAUAUUGGGAUGCCGAUUACAAUCCAAACACCUGGAUAAAUGAUCUUGAAGACGAGUUAUUUGCAAUACCUUCAAAUCGCUAUGAUGAUGAUUUUCAAAAAAUGUGGUUGGGAGAAAAUUCUGAUGAAUCACCAGAGGUAUUAAGAACCCUGCAUGAUAUCAUUGAGGAGUUUGAUAACAGUAAAGAAAAUGGAGAUGAUAAUGACAAUGUCGAAGAACACAUUGUGGAUAAUAAUAAAGAUGUUAAUAAUGAUGAUAACGGAAAUUCAGAGGAAAUAUUAAAAUCCAUACAGGAUCUAAUGGAUGUUUUAGAAAAACCUGAAGAACAUAGCGAAGUUGAACCAUUUAUUAUUGAAAAUGGAUAUGAAUCGUCUGAAGAAAAAAACGAUGAUGAUGAGGAAGUCACAACCAUGCAAGGAGAAAUUCUUGAUUUAACAAAAUCUUCUGAAGAGAAGUCACAAGACGAUGUAAUCGAUAUUUCCGAAAAGGAUAUUGAAGAAUUGGCUGCUUUAAUGAUAACUCUAAGUGCCAUAGACGAUUUAAUUGAAAUUUCAAAUAAAACACCACAAUAUGGCGAAGAAACUGAGGACGAGUUCAAAUCCAGGGAAGUCGAUGAAUUUUUAAAAUUAUUCACUUCCAUUUUAGAUGAAAUUAUAAAAGAGGAACAUAAAACAAGUUCUAGUAAUGAAGAUAAAGACAACAAUGACAAUGAUAAUGACGAUACUACACCCAAAGACGAUAGCAAUGAAGAGAAUGAUGAUGAAGAUGUUACUACUCCCAAACCUGAUAGUGAUGAAGAGAACGAUGAUGAUGAUGAAGAUGUUACUACUCCCGAAACUAAUAGCGAUGAAGAUAAUGAUUACGAUAUAACUACACCCAAAAAUGAUAGCGAUGAAGAUAAUGAUGAUAAUAACAACGACGAUACUGAUGAUAACAGCAACAGUAAGGAAAAUGAAAUUGAUUCAUUCGAUCUAACAUUCCACAGCAUUGAUGAUGCUGAUCAGGAACAAAAUCUUAACGAUCACAAAUACGAAAUUGUAGAUCCAACCGUAACACAAGAAAUAAAACCCACCAGUUCACCCUAUACGUCAACGAAUUUCGAUGACAACAAUGUCAUCCAGGAAUAUGUUGAACUACGUCAAAAUGUCGACACCGAACAAGAUACUCUAAUAACGAAUGAACACAAUUUGGAUAAAGAUUUCUAUAAUAUAAUUUCAAACAAUUACAACGAAGAGAGUAUUAAAAGAUUUGAGAAGGAUUUUUUCCUAGUUCGUGAAAAUUUGGAUAGAAUCAAGCGUAAUAUAAAUGCCAUGGAAAAUCUGAGUUCUAAAUUGUAUUUACAUAAGUUGGUUAAUGAUGCUGUUAAAAAUGUUCGUAAAUAA